GGCAGAGGCAGAGCCGAGGGGACGGGGACGGGGGUGGCGCUGCCCUCCGCCCCGCUGGGCUGCAGCAGGCAUGCACCGUGAGCCAGCCCUGCCAUGCAUCUGAGCGGCAGCAGCAGCAGCAUCCAGCUCCCUCCCGCGCCGCCCUCCUCCUCCUCCUCUGUCUCCCGCGGCCGCCGCUGCGCCGGGCUCCUCGCUGCUGCCUCUGCAUGGAGAAGUUGCAGCCUUUGCGAAGCCCCGGCUGAGCCCUGAGACGCCGCCGCCGCCGCCGCCGCCUCCUCGGAGGAGGGGAGGGCGGGGAGGGGGGCGCGGGCGAGCCGCUCUCCCAAGCAUGAACUGAUCGCCUGCCCCAGCGCUGGCUGGUGGCGGCGCGGAGCUGGGAGCCCCCAUGCCUCUGGGGCUGGCCCGCCCCGAGCUGCCGCCGCGGGAGCCUCGCGCUUGGCACGGGCGGAGCGAAGGCAGCGGCCCCCGUUGCUGCUGUUGCUGCUGCUGCUGCAGAGGCGGCCGCCGCCGCUAGCCCCCGCGGAGCCGCUCCUCAUGCCCGGCGCUCGCCGGGACGCGCCGGCGGCGGCAGCAGGCGACAGCCCCCCGCGCCCCGCGCAGCUCGGCCUGGCCUCUCCCGCCGUCUGACCGGAGAGGGCCGGGCCCGACGGGGGGCACCGGGCUGCGAGCCAUGGGGUAUUGCAGCGGCCGGUGCUCGCUCCUCUUCCUCUGUGGCAUGCAACUGGUUUCUGUGCUGGAGAGGCAGAUAUUUGAUUUCCUUGGUUAUCAGUGGGCACCAAUCCUGGCAAAUUUUGUGCACAUUAUUAUAGUCAUACUUGGCUUAUUUGGAACCAUCCAGUAUAGACCCCGCUACAUAACAGGAUAUGCUGUCUGGCUAGUCCUCUGGGUUACAUGGAAUGUGUUUGUUAUCUGCUUCUACUUGGAGGCUGGGGAUCUUUCAAAGAAUGAAGUAUACGGAGUUGUAUUUGAGUUGCUGGGUUGCUGUGUGAAUCUGUGGAUUACUGUGGCAACUCUAGUGGGCGUGGAAACAGAUCUCAUUCUGACCUUUAAUAUCUCAAUGCACCGCUCCUGGUGGAUGGAAAAUGGGCCAGGCUGCACAGUGACAUCAGUAACCCCAGCCCCAGAUUGGGCACCGGAAGAUCACCGCUACAUCACUGUCUCAGGGUGUUUGCUUGAAUACCAGUACAUAGAAGUGGCUCACAGUUCCUUUCAGAUCUUCCUUGCACUGGCAGGUUUCAUCUAUGCCUGUUAUGUUGUGAAAUGUAUUACUGAAGAAGAGGACAGCUUUGAUUUCAUAGGUGGAUUUGAUUCUUACGGCUAUCAAGGCCCACAGAAGACAUCUCAUUUACAGCUACAGCCCAUGUAUAUGUCAAAGUAAUUAUGGUAACUUCUGUGUGGGGGAUGAAGGACCUGGCAAAAACUCUUGUUUCAGAAUGGCUCCCCGUGUUCUACAAAGAGCAAAAAAAGAAAGAAAGAAAGAAACUUUGUGUUAAAAACUGAGUGUACACUGAGACAAAAGACAAAGGGAGCAUUCGGCCUCUCUUUCUAACAAGUACAGACAAAGAUGCACUGGAUACCCCUAUCUUGGAUUUCCUGAAUACACAGACGUAACUGUCAGGCUUUUGGAAGGUGCAACAAGAGAAGCAUUGGUGCCAUCUCCUGGCCAUUACCCUACCUUUACCACCUUCAUCCCUGCCUAGCUGAAUUAUGAAAUGAACUUGUCCAGUUCAGUUCUUUCUGAGACCCUUUCAAACUCCUAGUAGCAUCAAAUCCCCUUAGUCAAUAUAAUACUAAAAAUACCAUGAUGACCUUGUAACAGAAGUCAAUAGACAGCAAGUUGUUUGCCCUAAAGGCUGUACAGUACAUACUUGCCUUAACCCAACUAAGCUGCACAUCAGAGAAACUCAGUGCAGGCUUUCUGAAGUAACUUCCUUUAGGCUCAACAUGCUGCUGUUAAUUCUGAAAGAUUUCUAAGUCAGUGAGUUUCUUUUCUUUUCUUUUCUUUUCUUUUCUUUUCUUUUCUUUUCUUUUCCGUGUCAGGGAAUAAAACUCUGUUGCACACAAGCUCCAGAGUGACUGAGUAAGAAAACUGCCAGCUGUCAGAGAAGUGCUUUACUAUUGAGCCUCCACAGUGGUCAAGAAAACACUUUAUAACAGUGAAAAAAGAGAGCUCUUUUGGGGGCUGGGGGCUGGGAAAGGGAUAAAGGGAAUCUCUCAAUAAACUAAUAAGUGAACCUACUGGAAAUAAGCAGAAGAAACAGUGCUUCUUACCCCACUGUUUGUAUUUAUCGCACUGUAGGUGCUUUUAUAACUAACUGAAAAUAUGUCUUUUACUAAUGACAGAGACAUCUUCAGAUUUCUAUCAACAGAGGCCAACUGAAUAUGUAUUAACUAUGUUUACUCUUUUAUAUCUAAUUUCAACUGAAAAAUCGUAUGUAAGUGAGCAUUUUUUUCUAACUGCACCAUAGGGAUCUAUCUAUAUAUUUUUUUUGUUUCGAUUGGGGUAGGGGGGGAGGGUCUAGCUGCGUUGGUGAAAUAUUGGAGAACUUUUUGUGGUAUAUUUGGGGGAUCUGUUGUGUGUUAGAAUGUGUAUUUUAUCUUCCUGUAUUACUGUGGCUGAAACAAAAACUGUGCUGUUAUGUAGUCGGCAACAAGAUGCCUUUGGGAAUUUUACUAGUAGGUCAAUGUGUAUAUGAAAUACUCUGAAAUCCUAGAAAGUUUGUUCUGUUCUGAAUUUGAUCUGUAUUUUCAAGCACUUAGACGGCUUUCAUUAGGAAAAAAAAUAUUUUGCUCAGGCUUUUCAGGAACUUGGAUUGUCAUUGUUUCUUUCUUCAACACCUGCAUCAACAAAUGCACACACCUGCCACACGCAGCUGAGAACCACGUGUACCUGAGAGCACGAGUGAAGUCUGGUGCUUGGAAAAGCUCAAGGCAUCACCUGGUGACUCUUUUCCUAGCUCCCCAUGACUUCCAAGUUACAUUAACAUAUGUGCUAAGUUUACUUACCCAUUUUUUAUAGAAAUCGAUACCCUUUGCUGUGUUUGCAUGGAUGUACUGUAAUGUGUCACAUACAAUAACUCUGUAUAAUGACAGAGAAGCAGGCAUUCACCACUGAAAAUACAAUGCAAGACAGGUUCAGGAAAUAUACAUAGAUUUAUUCAGUUAUAAAUGUGUGUGUACGUGUUUGUGCAUGCACGUGUGUAUAUGUGUGUACACAUCUGUAUGUAUGCAUGAUACACACACAUGUAUAGAAGAAAAUAGCACACUGGAAUGGAUUGGACAUGAAGCCAGGAAUUUGAGUUCUAAUCAGUAGUAUAAUUAGCAAUGGGCAAGGAAGGCAUGAACCCUGGAUGCUUAACUAAGCAGGAACUCUGGAACAGAGGCAGGGGACCCAAGACUUUGACAGCUGUGGCCCACAGCAGCAUGGAGCAGUGGAUGUAGGUUCAUGAGAGGUAGUGGAGGGACAGGAGAGGGAGUCUGCCACUGAAUUUGGCAUUUUAUAUUGUUGCUUAGCAUGGCAUUUAGCAGCACCCUCCAACCCUCUGCUUGUACCCCCAAGCUGUUGUGUUAUGAUCACUAACUCCCACUUCACGCCAAUGUAGACCAUGGCUUCUGAAGAGUCCCUGCCUCUGUUCCAGAGCUGCUCCUGCCUCAGAGUCAAGCCUCUGCUCCCCAGGGUGACAAAAAUACUAGUCAUUCCUCUGAUUCUAAUCCUAGUUCCUGUCACUGACUUUCUCUGUGAUCUUAAGCAAGUCCCUUUGGCUCUGAACCUGAAAACGUUUAAGUCUGCUGGAUUGGAUCAUUAAUCAAAAAUGUUCCAACCUGAAUACCAAUAGUUAUUUCUUAAAUCUGUAUUUAGUAGGACUGGAUUCCAUUCUGCAGGAAUUUGGACACCUCCAUUUUUUCCUUCUGAAUCAGGAGGAAGGUGUGAAAUUCCCUGUCAAAUUAAAUUUCUGUUAUAUAUUGUUCCAAGCCCAUUGAAACAUUUCAUUUUGAUAAUGAUACUAUAUAUAUAUAUAUAUAUAUAUAUAUAUAUAUAUACACACACACACACACACACACACACACAUAUAUAUAUAUAUAUAUAUGUAUGUAUGUAUUCAGUAUUUAUAUUGAAAAAAAACAAACCAUGAAACCUGGGAGGAAAACCAUUGAAAAGAAAAAGUGAAGAAAAAAUUCUCAAGUUUUUCCCCAUAGAAAAUUUCCUGUAAAUUACAAAUCUAUGAAAUUGAAAUUUUUGAAGGAAAACAGUACUUCAAAAAUUUUUUAUCUAUGGUGUGUGUUUCAACAUAGAUUUUAACCAGUUGUAAUAUUUAGGUACCUAAACAAUGGCUUGCUUUUGAAAAAAAAGAAUAAACACUCACGUCUGGCAUUAUCCAGCAUUUUUGAAAGUCAAGCAAUACAUUUUGGUGCCUAUAUUUGGAUUUAGGGUCCUAACUUUAGGAGUUUGGUGUUCUCUCUGUAUCACUUUCCUUGACUAUAAAAUAGGUAUAAUAAUACUUGCCACAAACUCAUUGUGAGGAUUAAUUAGUUUGUGCAGCACUUAGAAAUUAUAAAGCAAUUAUAAGUGCUAAGUCUUACUAUAAUCAAUAGAUAGCGUGUGUAUUUAUAUGUUGUUUAUAGAGAUAUAUAUGUGCAAGAUACAUAUAUGCACGCUUGCAUACACACAUACACACACAUAAAAUCAGUAUUCAUGUCCCUGCUUAAGUUACAGUUAAAGCACCACUGUAAAUUAUUUCAAGAUUGUUGACUACUAAAUGAAAUUAUUAGUGGGCAGAUUGAUUUUAGAAGCUGUUUAGAGCACAGUAGUGUGAGAAUAUCUGGAUGACAUUUUUGAUUUGUACAGCGGUAUCCUCCUCCAAAUCCAGUAAAAAAUGUUAUUUUUCUAGACUGGGCUUUUGUUAUAACCUAAAUAUUUAGAAGGCAAGAGUUAUAAUCCAAAUGUGUGGGUUUUUUCCUUUCUUUUUUGGGUUUUUUUGUUUUGGCAUUUGUUAAUUCUGAAUGUAUUUUUAACAAAAGUGAUCUUUUUGACUUACUAGUGUAAUUUGCAUUUAAAAAUAAAUGGAAAAAAUAUAGGUUUCCAAGCUA